AAACAGCGUUUUGUCUGGUAUCAUGGUCGAAAACGACACAGAGAUUGUUCGCGUCGUAAAAUCCGAGAAAAAGACGUUGCUCGAGAGGUAUGACAUACCGGUAGAGCACCUUUCGUACGAGUACAUUUCCGAAUGCAAGAACGCAAAAAAGUUGGAGCGCAUAGUAACUGUACUGCGUUCUGGCGAGGAAGGAUACUAUCCAGACUUGACAAAACAUGCAGAGCAACACUUGGCUGUUAUUAAGCCAGCGAGUAGAAUUUUAAGAAAGUCCGAACCUGUCGUUAGACGCAAUAUGUUAGAACCGAGUGAAUGUAAAGAGAUUGAUAAAGACAUUAAGGAGUGGAUGUCUGAGAUGCAGAUUCGAGAGAAAGAUCUGGAAGAAGGGAAAACUAAUAUUAUAGAUCCUGUUCUUCAACCAGACAUCCGACAAUUUAAAGAAGAUCCUAGAAAAAACAAUUCCACAGCGAAUUUAAAAUGUUCUACCAAUAGUAAACGAAUUGCCUCAUGCGAUUAUUCUGCUUGGGAUAAGUACGACGUUGACACUGAAUUAAAUAAAAUAGAUAUACGAGACGAACAACAGAUGAUCCAAACAAAAAGGUUGCAGCAGAAACAGAAAGAAUUUAGUGAGAAAAAGAAACUUACGAAGAACACGAUGAUUAACAAGUCAUCGCUGACCGGAACUGAAAUAGAUGUGAUGGCAGAACAGGAACGGGAAAAGGGAAAUGAGGCGUUUAGGGCUGGUGAUUACGAGGAAGCUUUGGAGCAUUACAAUACGAGCAUAGGAAUGAAUUCAAACAUAACUGCGUACAAUAAUCGAGCCAUGACUUACAUUAAACUUCGACAAUACGAAAAUGCUCUCAAGGAUUGUAACAUAGUAAUCAGCAUGGAAUACAUGAAUAUCAAAGCGAUUCUUCGUCGAGCUGUCGCUUUAGAGCAUCUUGGAAAAUCGUCGCAGGCAUUAGUAGAUUAUGAAGCUGUUUUGAAAUUGGAACCCAAUAACGCAGCCGCGAUUGCUGGUGUAAAAAAAUUAAGGAAACCUUGCUUCUCGAAAAAGAUAAGAAUGCCCAUCGAAGAACAAAUAAGUGAUACCGAAGAGAAAUCAAAGUCUAAUGGAACUGAGGAAAAACAAAAAUUUAUUCCACAGUCUAGCUCAAUGUUAAGUUUAUCUAACAGUAUAUGUUACUGCGAUAAGGCACCAGGACCAUCACAAUAUUUAAGGCCAAGGCCACACAUCAAAGCUGACUAUUGUCUCGAAAACGAGCAGGCAAGAACGAAUAAAAAUUCUGCUACAAAUAAACCUGAAACUGGUCAUCGUAAAUAUACACCAGAAUUAACCAGAAGUCCAAUUACGUCUCUCAACAAUCUUUCCUACAAUGUAUCUAAAUCUUUUCAAGAUAAAGGAUCUAGUUCUACUGCAAAACAAAAAUCAAUUUUCUCUUAUACGAAACCCUGCAAACAAACAAAUUCAGUCAUUAUCGAAGAAUUGCCUACCGAGACCAGUGACAAUGAUUUCUUCAAUACUAUAGACAAAUCGAACGACGAAAUAUUAAAUCGAAACAAUGUCAAUGCAAAAGUUGCAAGUAAGAAUGAAAUUUCUGAGGAUGAACAAAUAGGAAUGUCCAGUAUUAAAAGUUCAAACACGAAUCACGAACAAAGUCACAGUUCUAAUGAAAAGAAAUGCAAGAAAUCAUCACUUACAAAUAUAGAAACAGCAGAUAAAAACAAAGAAACUGUCGAGAAAACGUAUAUCCCGAAGGAUAUUCAUAAUAUCGAAACUGGCUACGAAUUUAUGCGGACAUGGCGAUCAUUGAAAAACGAUAACGACUUAAGAGCUUGUGCUCAGUUAUUAAGAUCACUAAAUAUUGAUAAAUUAAACGCAGUUUUAGAUAAUGAAUUAGAUGGAAAUAUGAUUAGUACUAUUUUGCAUUGUCUGGAACGACAUUUCUGUACAUCAGAAGAUACGGAAUUGUUGAAUAGAUUCUUAAGAUCACUCAGUCAAGUGAAACGUUUCGAGCUUAUGCGAAUGUUUAUGGACGAUAAGGAUAUACGAGUUGUAAAAAACUUACUUACUUUCUUAGAAGAACAUGGAUCGCCGGGAGUUCCGUCAUUACGACAAAUUUAUUUGUAAGAACAUUGCACUCACAUUUCACACUGAACACUUUUCAAAUCAUACUAACUACGUCGAAUUGUAUAGUAACGCUUCAGUACCAACUUGAACGUGUACUAGUCAUAAAA